AUGGCGGCGGCGGCGGGGAAUCGCGCCUCGUCGUCGGGCUUCCCGGGCGCCGGGGCGGCGAGCCCCGAGACGGGCGGCGGCGGCGAGACUCCGCAGGCCAGCAGUGCGCCCACGGCGGCCGCGGGACUCCUGCGGGAGGCGGGCAGUGGGGGCCGCGAGCGAGCUGACUGGCGGCGGCGGCAGCUGCGCAAAGUGCGGAGUGUGGAGCUGGACCAGCUGCCGGAGCCGCAGCUCUUCCUAGCCGCCUCUCCGCCGUCUUCCUCCACUUCCCCGUCGCCGGAGCCCGCGGACUUGGCGGCGAACGGGAGCGGUUUCCAGUCCCUGGCGGUGCCGCCGCCUCACGGAGUCGCGAGCCGCGGCGGCGCCCACCCUGCUGAGACGGUGGCCGCUUCGGACAGCGGCGCCCCGAGCCCCGCGGGGGCCGAGCCCGGGGAGAAGCGGACGCCCUCCGGCGAACCGUCUCCUGCAGCCGCCCCCACUGGGCGAGAGAUGGAGAAUAAAGAAACUCUCAAGGGGCUGCACAAGAUGGACGAUCGCCCAGAAGAGCGAAUGAUCAGGGAGAAGCUGAAGGCAACCUGCAUGCCAGCCUGGAAGCAUGAGUGGCUGGAGAGGAAGAACAGGAGAGGGCCUGUGGUGGUGAAACCAAUCCCUGUUAAAGGAGAUGGAUGUGAAAUGAGUAACUCGGCAGCUGAACCUCACGCGGAGGGCCAGUCGAGUGCCACCUCCACUGCCCCCAAAGGACGCCGCAGCCCCUCUCCUGGCAGCUCCCCUUCGGGCCGCUCCGUGAAGUCAGAGUCUCCUGGAGUAAGGAGGAAAAGGGUCUCCCCGGUUCCUUUUCAGAGUGGGAGGAUCACACCACCCCGAAGAGCCCCUUCACCCGAUGGCUUUUCGCCAUACAGCCCAGAGGAGACAAACCGCCGUGUCAACAAAGUGAUGCGAGCCAGGCUGUACUUGCUGCAGCAAAUAGGACCCAACUCCUUCCUGAUUGGAGGGGACAGCCCAGACAAUAAGUACCGAGUGUUUAUUGGGCCACAGAACUGCAGCUGUGGACGUGGAACGUUUUGUAUCCAUCUGUUAUUUGUUAUGCUCCGGGUGUUUCAACUAGAACCUUCAGAUCCAAUGUUAUGGAGGAAAACAUUAAAGAAUUUUGAGGUUGAGAGUUUGUUCCAGAAAUAUCACAGUAGGCGUAGCUCAAGGAUCAAAGCUCCAUCUCGUAACACCAUCCAGAAGUUUGUUUCACGCAUGUCAAAUUCCCAUACAUUGUCAUCAUCUAGUACUUCUACAUCUAGUUCAGAAAACAGUAUAAAAGAUGAGGAGGAACAGAUGUGUCCUAUCUGCUUGUUGGGCAUGCUUGAUGAAGAAAGCCUCACCGUGUGUGAAGAUGGCUGCAGGAACAAGCUGCACCACCACUGCAUGUCCAUUUGGGCAGAAGAAUGUAGAAGAAAUCGAGAACCUCUCAUCUGUCCUCUCUGUAGGUCCAAGUGGAGAUCUCAUGAUUUCUAUAGCCAUGAAUUGUCAAGCCCUGUGGAUUCCCCUUCCUCUCUCCGAGCUGCACAGCAGCAAACCAUGCAACAGCAGCCUUUAGCUGGAUCCCAAAGGAGGACCCAAGAGAGCAAUUUUAACCUUACUCACUAUGGAGCUCAGCAGAUCCCCCCUGCUUAUAAAGACCUCGCUGAGCCUUGGAUUCAGGUGUUUGGAAUGGAACUCGUUGGCUGCUUAUUUUCUAGAAACUGGAAUGUAAGAGAGAUGGCCCUCCGGCGUCUUUCCCACGAUGUUAGUGGGGCCCUGCUGUUGGCCAAUGGGGAAAGCACUGGAACUUCAGGGGGCAGUAGUGGAAGUAGCCCAAAUGCUGGAGCUACCAGUGGGUCCCAGACCAGUAUCUCAGGAGACGUGGUGGAGGCGUGCUGCAACAUUUUGUCCAUGGUCUGCGCUGACCCUGUCUACAAAGUGUACGUUGCUGCUUUAAAAACAUUAAGAGCCAUGCUGGUAUAUACUCCUUGUCACAGUUUGGCAGAAAGAAUCAAACUGCAGAGACUUCUCCGACCAGUUGUGGACACCAUUCUGGUCAAGUGUGCAGAUGCCAAUAGCCGUACAAGCCAGCUGUCCAUAUCAACAUUGCUGGAAUUAUGCAAAGGCCAAGCAGGAGAAUUGGCAGUUGGUAGAGAAAUACUUAAAGCUGGGUCUAUUGGCAUUGGUGGUGUGGAUUAUGUCUUAAAUUGUAUUCUUGGAAACCAAAUGGAAUCAAACAAUUGGCAAGAACUCCUCGGCCGUCUUUGUCUUAUAGAUCGACUGUUGUUGGAAUUUCCUGCCGAAUUUUACCCUCAUAUUGUCAGUACUGACAUUUCACAAGCUGAGCCUGUUGAAGUCAGAUAUAAGAAGCUGCUGUCCCUCUUAACCUUUGCUUUGCAGUCCAUCGAUAAUUCUCACUCAAUGGUUGGUAAACUCUCCCGAAGGAUCUUCUUGAGUUCUGCAAGAAUGGUUACUGCGGUGCCCCACGUGUUUUCAAAACUGCUAGAAAUGCUGAAUGUUUCUGGUUCCACUCACUUCACUAGGAUGCGCCGGCGUUUGAUGGCUAUUGCCGACGAGGUAGAGAUUGCUGAGGCCAUCCAGCUGGGCCUAGAAGACACUUUGGAUGGUCAGCAUGACAGUUUUGUGCAGGCAUCUGCCGCGAAGGGUUAUCCAGAAGCCACGGAGAACAGUUCGCAGGAGCACACGGUCCAUGUAGACAAAACUGGAAAAGGAUUAUGUACUGCAAAGUUGAGUGCUAGUUCAGAGGAUAUUUCUGACAGACUGGCCGGCAUUUCGGUAGGACCUCCUAGUUCAACAACAACAGAACAACCAAAGCCCGUGGUUCAAACAAAAGGCAGGCCCCAUAGUCAGUGUUUGAACUCCUCUUCUCUAUCGCCUCAUCCCCAGUCUGCUUUCCCAGCCCUGUCCACCCCUUCUUCAUCUGCCCCAUCUGUACCAGCUGGCACGGUACCAGAUGUCUCCAAGCAUAGACCUCAGGGAUUUGUUCCCUGUAAAAUACCUUCCGCAUCUCCUCAAACCCAGCGCAAAUUUUCUCUACAGUUUCAGAGAACCUUUUCUGAAAACAAAGACUCAGAUAAACUUUCCCUAAUCUUUACUCAGUCAAGACCCGUGCUCUCUAGUAAUAUACACAGGCCAAAGGCAUCUCGACCCACCCCAGAUAAUGCAAGUAAACAGGAAGAAAGUGCAAAGCAUACCAUGACCCUUGAUCUGAGCAGUACUUCCAAAUGUGAUGACAGCUUUGGUGGUAGCAGCAGUGGUAGCAGUGCUGUUAUCCCCAGCGACGAGACGGUGUUCACCCCGGUAGAGGAGAAGUGCAGAUUAGACGUCAAUACAGAGCUAAACUCCAGUAUCGAGGACCUUCUUGAAGCAUCCAUGCCUUCAAGUGAUUCAACAGUGACUUUCAAAUCAGAAGUUGCUGUCCUCUCUCCUGAAAAGGCUGAAAAUGAUGAUACCUACAAAGAUGAUGUGAGUCAUAAUCAGAAGUGCAAAGAAAAGAUGGAAGCUGAAGAAGAAGAAGCUUUAGCAAUUGCCAUGGCAAUGUCAGCAUCUCAGGAUGCCCUACCCCUCGUUCCCCAGCUGCAGGUUGAAAAUGGAGAAGAUAUCAUCAUCAUCCAACAGGAUACACCAGAGACUCUACCAGGACAUACCAAAGCAAAGCAGCCUUACAGAGAAGAUACGGAGUGGCUGAAGGGCCAACAGAUAGGCCUCGGAGCAUUUUCUUCUUGUUACCAGGCUCAGGAUGUGGGAACCGGAACUUUAAUGGCUGUCAAACAGGUGACAUAUGUUAGAAACACAUCUUCUGAGCAGGAGGAGGUGGUAGAAGCAUUAAGAGAAGAGAUAAGAAUGAUGAGUCAUCUGAAUCAUCCCAACAUCAUCAGGAUGUUAGGAGCUACGUGUGAGAAGAGCAACUACAAUCUCUUCAUUGAAUGGAUGGCAGGUGGAUCUGUAGCUCAUUUGCUGAGUAAAUAUGGAGCCUUCAAGGAAUCGGUUGUUAUUAACUACACUGAGCAGUUGCUUCGUGGCCUUUCAUACCUCCAUGAAAACCAGAUCAUUCACAGAGAUGUCAAAGGUGCCAAUUUGCUAAUUGACAGCACAGGUCAGAGGCUGAGAAUUGCAGAUUUUGGAGCUGCAGCGAGGUUGGCAUCAAAAGGAACUGGUGCAGGAGAGUUUCAGGGACAGUUACUGGGAACAAUUGCAUUUAUGGCACCUGAGGUACUGAGAGGUCAGCAGUAUGGGAGGAGCUGUGACGUGUGGAGUGUUGGCUGUGCUAUUAUAGAAAUGGCUUGUGCUAAACCACCGUGGAAUGCAGAGAAGCACUCCAAUCAUCUCGCUCUGAUAUUUAAGAUUGCUAGUGCAACUACUGCCCCAUCGAUUCCUUCACAUCUGUCUCCUGGUUUACGAGAUGUGGCUCUUCGUUGUUUAGAACUUCAACCUCAGGACAGACCUCCAUCAAGAGAGCUACUGAAGCAUCCAGUCUUCCGUACUACGUGGUAGCCAUUUAUACAGGUGAACUGUCACGGAGACAGGAUGCCCAACAAGAGAAUUACAAACUUUUGUGGGGAACCACAUUGAUAAUCUGCUGGCCUUCAUGCCGCUGAACCAGCUGUGAACACGGCCAGUGGGGAACCUUUACCUAAGUAUGUGAUUGACAAAUCAUGACCUGUACCUAAGCUCAGUGUGCAAAAGUCCACAGCUGUGCAGAAACU